UUUAAAAUGUCAUUCCUUUUCAUUAAAACUGUUGCUCUAUAGAACACGCGUUCUCUCGUGUGUGAAGCAAAUUCAUUGAAAUUGUCUUAAAAACAAUUAAUAUUACCGCAUUUUAUUCAGCCAAGCAUUAAAAUGCCCAAAGCAAAGCGUCGUUUUAUUGAUAAAAAGAAUGCGGUGACAUUCCAUCUCGUGCACCGUUCUCAACAAGAUCCACUGAUUGCCGAUGAAACGGCUCCACAGCACGUUCUACUUGAAUCAAACCAAACAACUCAAAAUAGCCAAAAGAAAGAAACACCAGAGGAACGUGAAAAACGAAAAGAAGAAGAACGUAAAUAUGGUAUUUUCUUUGACGAUGAAUACGAUUAUCUUCAACAUUUGCGCACAAAAGAAGAAAACAAUGAAUUGCAUUGUGAAUACAUACCACCAGUUAAUCUAAAGAUCAAAUCAAAUGAAAAUAAUGAAUCAAAAGCAAAAUCUGUUGGUUUUACAUUGCCAUCGUCAGUGUUUGCAUCUGAAUUUGAAGAAGAUGAAGGUUUAUUGCGCAAAAUUGCUCCACAUCUGGGUCCUCGUCCUGAUUUAGAACCAGAAAUUGUUGCCGCACUUGAUGAUGAUUUUGAUUUCGAGAAUGCAGACAAUGUACUUGAAGAUAAUUUCAUGGAAUUGGCAAUGGGUGAUGAAGGCGACGGUGCUGACUUUGACGGAGAUUACAGUGACAUUGGUUCCGAUUUUGAUGACCACAGUUUUAAUAAUGAUGAAGAAGAUUGUGAUCGUCUCGCACCAUUACGUGGCCGUCGCAUGUAUAAUUUUGAUAGCGAAGAAAAUAAAUCUCGUUUUACAGAAUAUUCCAUGUCCAGCAGUGUGAUUCGACGCAAUGAACAACUUACCUUAUUAGAUGAUCGUUUUGAAAAAUUUUAUGAAAAUUACGAUGAACCAGAAAUUGGUGCUUUGGACAUGGAAGAAAUCGAGGGUCAAGUUGAAAUGUCGGGUGAUCUAUUGAAUCAAUGCAUGAGCGAAUUGAAACGUGAUGUUAACGAUUUACCAUACGAUAAAAAAUGGGAUGAACAACGUAUCAAAAAACUAUUCGAAGAAGAAUCAUCUGAAGAGGAAAUGAUUGAAAUUGAAAUUACUGAAGAUGAACCAGACGGGAAGAGAUGGGAUUGCAAAAGUGUGCUCUCAUUAAAUUCAAAUGCAUAUAAUCAUCCCAAAUUGAUUUCGGAACCACGUCGUCGCAAAGGAUCAAAAAUUGUCAUUAAUCCAAAGACUGGUGUUCCAAAUAACGUUUUCAAUGGCGAAAAUACACAACUUACACUUAAAUCAAUCGCCAAAUUUAACACAGAAAAUGUCAAGAAUGAAUCAAAAGCGGGUCCAAAAUCGUUGUGUGAUCAAAGUGUAUUAUCCACAUUAAGUGUGUUAUCAAUAAGACCAAAAGAUGAAUCGCUGGAAGAGAAGCGCCAGCGUAAACGUUUAUUAAAGGAAUACCGAACUGAACGUCGCAUCGAAAAGAAGGCUAAUCAAGAUGCAUUCAAGGAGGAAAAGAAACGACAAAUUCAAGUUAGCUUAAAUAAUCGGAACAAUGUACAAGGCAAUCGAAUACUAUAAUACUGCCAAAAAAUUGUACCAUAUAUUUAUGUUCUAAGCUAAAAUAAAAUUUAUUAUUAAAAAAAAUAUUUUACAUUUUAUUUGAUUGCCAUCCAUUUACGAGUUCCAAGCUUGAAACUUUCAAGCAAUAAAGGUGUUGAAAACUUGA